CAGCCGGGACAGGGCCCGCGGCAGCGCCGCCGCCACCGCCGCCAUCGCCAGCGGGCCCUUUAAGGGCGUGUGACGUCACUGCGGGCACGGGGCGGUACCGUGACGUCACACCCGGACCCGGACCCGGACCCGGAUCGGGGUCGGGCCCUGCUCCCGUCGGAACAGCACAGGUGCCGCCCCUCUGCCCGCCCCGGUGAGCGGCGCCCGCAGCGACCUGUGCGUGCCGGGCUCCUCAGGACACCGAGCGGGGACGGAGAUGGGGAAGGGGCUGGAGCGUCACCCUGAGGGACAAAGAUGAGGAAGGAGGUGGAGCGUCACCCUGAGGGGGACAAAGAUGAGGAAAGGGCCGGAGCGUCACCCAGGAAGGGCUGAGGGAGCCGGGGCGGCAGACAGGGAACCUCAGCCGUGUGUAAAUAUCCAGAAGGUUCCUAGAGGGAACCUCAGCCGUGUGUAAAUACCCACAGAGGGUGGUGGGGCUGCACCGGGCUCUGCUCGUGGAACUGAUGCCCAGGAGGUGCCACCUGGACACAAGGAGCAUCUUCUGCCCGCCUUCCACGGGACCUGUGUUUGUGUGGGAGCGUCUCAGACAGACCCGCGUGUUUGAGAGGAAUCCUGCCUUCCCAGAACGUGUAAAAAACAACAUUUUAAAAGUUGCUGAGGGCGCAGAUCCUUGGCCUGGCUGCUGGGUUGGGAUGGAGUGCCCUGCUCAGCCCUCCCGAUGCUCAGUAUCCAGGGUGAUCCUAAAGAUUUCCCACUGUCUCUUGUCCUGUCUCGUUCCCAGGGAUGAUCCCGUGCCAGUGGGAUGGACAGGAGCACCUUGCCAGCAGUGGCAGAAGAGCUCUUGAGAGAGAUCAGAAAGGCUUUUCAGGAGACCUCACAGGUUCCUGAUGAGCUGCUGCUGGGGCUGAAGUUCAUUUUUGGCCCAUCUGCAGCCCCAGCUCUGGAUUUGGUGGAUCAGCGUUCUGUCACCCGGGUCAAGUCCCCCAGUGGAAGGACUCUCUACCAGGUCCUUGGAAGCUCAGGCAAGCUCUACACCUGCUACAGCUCCUGCCACUUCUGCACGUGCCCUGCCUUUGGCUUUUCUGUGUUGCAGAAGAAUGAGAGUCUCCUGUGCAAACACAUCCUGGCUGUCUACCUCAGCCAGGCCAUGGGAGCCUGCCAGGAACUGGCUGUGUCUGAGGAGCAGCUCACAAACAUCCUCCUGGCUGAGGAAGAGGAUGAAGGAUGAAGGACUUGGAUCACUCCUGGCUGUGUGGCAGCUCAGAGGAAUUUCUGAUUUUUCAGUGGCAAACAUGGUUCUGGGACUAUGGCAGGGACCCCCCAGCACCCUGAGGCUCGUGACAGCUCUGUGCUUCCACUGGAACAGGAUCUUUGGAAGCAUCAACAUGGUUGCUGUGCUUUAAAUCAAACAUUUUCAGACACACUGAGCACCUCAAGGCUGCUGCCCUGGGACCCAGCUCCUUGCAGCUGUGAUUCCCUGUCCAUGCUCUGUCCCCCCUGAGGGCAGGGUGGCCUCUCGUGCUGCACCUGUGAGCACAUCAACCUCGAGAAAUGAUGGGGCACAGGCUGAGCCGGGUGGUGUGGGUGGUCAAUGAAGCAUUUUGUAUGUAAAUAAAGUUACUGCAAAUACAAAAUCUGAGCAACAGGAGAAUACAUCCAUCCAGUACAUCAGAGCAGUGAGCAGUGACAGCUCAAUGGCCACAGCUGCACUCACUACAGAAAGUUCCUCUGCUGUUUUGGCUUCACAUUUUUAUAGAGACCUUCAGAGCUUUUUACUGAGGGGAGCAAGGGAGGUGUCCUAUUUUUAUUUUGCCUUGAAAUGUCUUUGGCUCAGAUCCACAAAGGCUCUUCCUGUGCCCAGUGACCAUGACCUGGGCCAGAGUUAAUGCCUGACAGCCCAGAGGCACAGCUGGGAUAAGGAUGCUCCACAUCCAUCUGCAGGAAUUCUGGCUCAUGGGAGGCAUGGGAAGGGAGCAGGGUUGGAUGCUGAGCUGCACUGGAACAUGUGGACAAAUGUUCUGGGACCUUCUCUCUUGGUGUUACAGCACUGAGACUUUCACUCUGCUGCUGCUGUGAGAGUUUGGGUCCGUUUCAGGGGGAGAUUCCAUCCUUUGUUGUGAGGAUAAAUGUGGCUUGCAACCACUUGGCAGCACUGCCAGAGCUGCAGGUGAAACCCUGCUUGUUUCCAGCCAUGAUUAACAGGAGGAACACAGCCAAAGACAGCACAGAAGGGAAGGAAUGAAGGGAGGAGAGAGGCAAGCCCUGCCCAAAUGGCAGGAGGUGGCCCCUGUGUCAGCUGGCCCCUGACCAAGGCAGAUGCAGCAGAGCUGAAUGGGGCUCUUAAAGGAGAAGCACUUGGGACAGUGACUCCAAAUGCUCAGGCUUGUGCUGGAAAUGCCCAAAUCUGAGACACUGAGCUGGAGCUAAAUUUGGGCAUUGCAUCAACAUGUGCAAACCCAUUCAGAGCUCUCUGGUGAUUUCACCCAGGUCUGGGGCUGAGCACUGAAAUCCAGCACUCCCAGGGAACCAUUCCCUGUGCAUGGUGGGCCCAGGGUCAUUCCUGCAGCUGCUGCCUGCAGCUCUUGCCAGCUGGCAGAGGAGAUGCUGCAGCUUUUCUUCAGCUUUUCAAUUGAUUUUACACCAUAUUUGUCAUUACAUAUGCCAGAGAAAUGAAACUCUUGGGGUCUUGUACCCCCCUUUUAGUGCAACAGAAUUUUAAAAAUACAGAAUUCAUUUCUGUGUAAUUCAAGUACAAUUUUUCAGGGAUAAAAAUAUAAAAAUUACUGUUAGGGAAGGAAAAAAAAGCAUUCACAGCUUCUAGGGGUUACAGGGCUGCAGGGGUGCCCCAGCCAGACAAGCUUUAGGAAUCAGGUGAGCUGCAGCAUCCACCUCUCACAGCUAAACCUGCACUUGUGGAAGCUCUGCAAGGCUGACAAGUUUUGACCUGGGAGCAAAAGCCUAAUUGUAGAGCUGGUGUCCCCAAGGCAGAGUGACACUGGCCUUGGUGGCUCUGGUUCAGACGAGCCAAGACCAUUGGGGCACUUCUGCCUCCUACAUUUUGACAGCUGGAAAGAGAUCUGGAAGCAAACCUGAAGCACUGGGCUGCACAGUCCUGUGGACCAAAGUGAUUUAAAGGCAAUAAAACCUCAGCUCUAAAACCUUGGUCAAGUCUUUUCUCAAAUCUUUCAGUAAAUGGGGUUUCCAUGCUGGGCUGGCCAGUUCUGACCUGGUUUUCCCAUCCUCACAGCCCCUCCCCUCAGUGCCUGGAACACAGAUUCAGUUUCACACCAGCAACUGGGCUAAGUAAGACUUUUUCCCAUCAGAGAAUACAAGCUGCAUCAAACAAUUGAUGGAAUAAUUAGAGUAUUACCAAAGUGCUGUCAAGUAUGGACUUAGAGAACAACUCAA